GGGGCGGAAGUUCACGUGCUGCUGGCUUAUCCGGGGAGAGAGGCGACGCUAGUAAAGCGGAGAGGAACGGGGCUCCGGGUGGGCGCCCAGCCAGGUUCACUGACUGGGUGUAAGACAGCUUCAUGCGUUCACCUGGCCCUGUUGCUGGUCUCCUGCUGUAUUUCCAUCAGUCACGAAGCUGUCAAAGAGCCAGUGUGGGGUGUCUGGUCACCUAAGACCUGGGCAGGAAAUCAAACCAAAACUCCAAUCCAGCCUGCAGCGAUGGCGAUCCUCUUUGCCGUUGUCGCCAGGGGCUCCACGAUUCUGGCCAAACAUGCCUGGUGUGGAGGGAACUUCCUGGAAGUGACAGAGCAGAUCCUGGCCAAGACCCCUUCAGAGAACAACAAACUCACCUACUCACAUGGAAACUACCUAUUCCACUAUAUCUGCGAAGACCGGAUUAUAUACCUCUGCAUCACUGAUGAUAACUUUGAGCGUUCCAGAGCUUUCACAUUCCUGAAUGAAAUCAAGAAGCGGUUUCAAAACACCUACGGUUCUCGCGCACAGACAGCUCUGCCAUAUGCCAUGAACAGUGAGUUUUCCACUGUCCUGGCUGCACAGCUGAAACACCACUCUGAGAACAGGGGCAAUGACCAGGUGACAGAGACACAGGCCCAGGUGGACGAACUCAAAGGGAUCAUGGUCCGCAAUAUAGAUCUGGUGGCCCAGAGAGGAGAAAAGCUGGAAUUGCUGAUAGACAAAACUGAAAAUCUUGUGGAUUCGUCUGUCACCUUCAAAACAACCAGCAGGAACCUGGCCCGGGCCAUGUGUAUGAAGAACCUCAAGCUCACCAUCAUUAUUGCCAUAGUCACAAUUGUCGUCAUCUACAUCAUCGUGUCGGCUGCCUGCGGAGGGCUUGCGUGGCCGAAUUGUGUAAAGAAAUAGCCAUCAGAGCCAAUCGGCAACAUGUAAGAAGAGCACAUGUGAUCACGGACUUACGUGAAGGAAUGACCCUCAUAAUAUGAACUCAGACCUCCUUGCUCUUUCUUCAUCCUUCCAGGACACUUGAGUCUUUUUUGCCUUAUCACGCCCAAAAGAGUCUGCAGCCCCAAGUCACAGCCUUCAGGGGUGGCAUCUCUUUCUAUUAAAACCUACUUGAAGAGAGUGUCAUUUGUCUUGACUGCAGAGCUUCCCCAGGUGGAGGACAGGCUGUUGAUGUCGUGAGGGUCUAUGCAUAAUUCUGUGUUAUCACGCUUUGCACUUUACUGUCCCAAGGCCCUGGUUGAGGGGAAUGGGAAGAGCUGAAGGUGACUUUUCCAUAAUUUGGUCACUGGGAGGGACAGGAAACCACUGGAUCCAAACAGGUUCUUCUGACCAUGUAUUCUGGUCCAGAUAGAAGUGAUAAUUGGUUCCCUCCAUGCUUGCUUUCCCAGUGGUGCCUUUCCUAAUUUCCUGUUUGGAUAUAAUUUGUCUAUGAGGAGGAGCCCCCUUGUGACCUAGGGAACGGGGCUGUCUAUUCUUGGGCAUGGUGGUGGGGUCUAUUUUGUGAGUUAAAUGGUGUCUGUAAAUGUCUAAUGUUGCUGUAACAAUCUGCUUGUUUGUGGUUUUGAAGAGCUCUUCUGUUGUGCCUGAUUUCUGUGUGUAAUAGGGGGCUCAUCUUUGAUUUCACUAGCUGGGGCAAACAAGGGGGCUAUAAUGGUUGCCCCAUUGGUUUAAAUCCUAAAGGAAGUGCUACAAAAUGCAUAAGGGAUGCAUUUAUUUAAUUCUGAAUACAAGGAAACUAUGGAGCAUAGCUGGGCAGGAGUAAUUUCAGCUUUCCUGCCAUAAGAUUUAAGGGGUGGGUGGGCCAUAAGCUGCUAUGUAUCUGGGGAAUGGAGUUAGAGAAGCUGAGAGUGUUGAAUGAUUUGCGAGUCCAUUUCAGAGAAACGUGCAUGCUAUUGCCAUAGGUGGAUAACUUCCAAAGUUGUGUCGAGGGCAAUUUACUUAAAAGCGCCUGUUCAGAUUCAAAGUUGCCAAACCUUUUAACUCAGAUGCUUGAUCCCUUUGGCCUUUUGGGGGAAGAGAUCAGAACGACAAGCAGUAAGAAAACGAGUGUGGGAAUUUCGUUAACCACAUCCAUUCUUUUUCUUCCACUGCAAAUCACUGAGGUAUGAACCCCACUCCUACUCACGGGAAGGUUUUUAGCAGUCCACUCUGCAACCUGUCCCCACCCCCAGCAGCGCCUUUCUGAUACUCACUGGUGAGCAUUGCGGUUUGUCUCACCCUUCCCUCUCUUCUCUGGUGGGAAGGAGUGAUCUUCUGGCCCGACUCAACAGCCAAGCUCUGACACAGGCUUCUGUCUGAGAACGGAAUUCGCCUCCUGUUUUGUCCUUCACCUCUCAGACAUGUCAAUGUUGAAUUAAUUGUGCAUGUUUUUAAGGCUUGUUGAGUAACAAUUUUCUAUGAUUUUGGUUGCCUUUAUGUAUCCUAAAAGAAAUGGCUUUCUUCAGUUUUAAAAAUGCACUGAUGCAUUGUUGUAAAAUAAAGUUAACGUAUUUGAAUAAAUUGAUGGUUCUGACAACA